AUGAACACUGGUGAAGGAAAAACCCUAACUGCUUUUUUACCAAUUUGCCUUAAUGCCUUAUCUGGAAGAACCAAACCAAUACUAGAUUUCUUCCAAAUUAGUUCCGGAGUUAACUUAACCAACAUUUCUUCGGAAGAAAAACAGAGAUUAUAUAAUGAUUGUUCGGUUAUCUAUACCACUGGUAGCGAACUAGGUUUUGAUUAUUUACGAAAUAAUUUGGUAACCAGUGUUCAAGAGAAAAGAUUACAAGAUUACUAUUAUGCAAUUAUUGAUGAAGUUGACUCCCUUUUACUAGAUGAAGGUAUGAACCCGCUAAUUAUCUCCCAAAGAGCUUACGGAGGCUCAGUUAUUAAUCCAGCCGAAUACCAACUAGCAACUAAAAUUGUUAAUUCUUUAAAAGAGAAAAAAGAUUACAAGGUUGACCAAAAAGAAAAAGAAGUCUGGUUUACCAAAUUAGGAAUAAAAAAAUGCGAAGAAUUUUACCAAACAGAUAAUCUUUUUUCCUUCAAAAAUCAUCGGCAGAACUUUUUACUCCAUAAUGCCUUAAAAACUAAACACCUAUACCACAAAGAUAUUGACUACAUUGUCGACCGAGAGAGAGAACGAAUUGUUUUAAUCGAUGCUUUAACAGGAAGAUUAGUUCCUAACCGAGUCUAUAGUUCAGGUAUUCAUCAAGCAAUAGAAAGCAAAGAAAAUUUGCCAGUCAGCACUAAAAGCAAGACUAUUGCCACAAUUACUUACCAAAACUUUUUCCGGCUCUUUGACAAAUUAUCCGGAAUGACUGGAACUGCCAAAAGUGAAGCCGAAGAAUUUCAUAAAGAAAGCAAAUACAAAGCAAUUAUUAAACUAAUCAAAAAAAAUAACCAAACUACUAAAAGGCCUAUUUUGAUUGGUUCACCCAGCGUAGAAACUUCGGAAUAUUUAUCUCUUUUACUAGUUAAAGCGAAGAUAUUUCAUUACAAACUAAAUGCGGUUAAUCACCAGCAAGAGGCCGAAAUAGUGUCCCAGGCUGGGAAAUUAGGUUCUAUCACUAUUUCAACCAACAUGGCUGGACGGGGAACUGACAUUGUUUUGAGCAAAGAAAGCCGAGAAGCAGGAGGUUUAUUAGUAAUUGGAGUCGAAAGGAAUACCAGUCGUCGAAUUGAUAACCAAUUACGGGGAAGAUCCGGUCGACAAGGAGACCCUGGCGAAAGCCAAUUUUAUGUUUCCCUAGAAGAUGAAUUAAUAAAAAACUUUGAAAUUAAAGAAAAGAUAAGCAGUUCUUUGAAAGCUAAACGAAAGGGCGGGUAUACUCGACCACCUGCCUUGAUAGUUAAUGAAAGAGGGCAAGUAGUCAGCGAUUUUAAUGUUAGAAAUGCUAAGAAAUACGAUGGACCGGCUUAUGAAGAAGUGGAGAAGAAUGAUUUCAAUCAUGAGGCUUUCAGUGUGGAAUCACCUCUUUUACAAGAAAUUUGCAAAGAGGCUCUUAAAAUUUACUAUCCUAUUUAUCUCGCUACUGAUUUUUCAAGCGAUUAUCCUGGUGAAAAGGUCCCUGUUCCUGACCUUGGUGCCAUUGAUGCUGAGACUUUCAAUUUCAUAGGAGGAGAAAGCAAUAAUUACAAUUCAACAAGUGAUUCCGAACACUCUCAUAUUGAACCUGCUGUUCCAUUUAAUUAUCUUUCAGGAAUAGGAUACAAUAAUUAUUGA